AUGAAACCAUUCACUGAAAUUGCAGGUGUUCGCAAUCGCCCAAAGAAUAUAAUCGUCUUUAUCAAUCCUUUCGGCGGUAAAGGAAAAGCCCAAUCAAUCUUUCAGAAAAAUGUGAGAUCCUCGUUUUACUAUGAUUGGCUAGCUAAUUUUCCCAUUCUGCCUUUAGGACUCAAUUUUGAAGUGAUUAUGACACAGAGAGCGAAUCACGCACGUGACUACAUCAUAGAAAUGCCGUCGGAACAAUGGCAAUCCAUAGACGGUCUGGUAGGCACUAAAACCCUCUCUUUUACAGCGAGGAAGGCUGGAUUUGGGUCGAAAGAGGACAAAGUCUCAGUAGGCGGUGACGGACUUUUUAAUGAACUCCUCUCUGGUGCUCUUCUUCGCACCCAGUUGGAAGCGGGAACAAACAUCGAUGAUCCCGGUACGGAACAAUUGCAAACUCCCCACAUUCGCUUUGGAAUUAUUGGUGCGGGCUCGGCGAAUUCGAUUGUAAGCACUGUACACGAAACCUCCGACUUCGCCACAGCAGCAGUCCACAUCGCUAUCGGCAAGUUCACUGAUCGUAGAUUUUCUCUCCCGAAAUUUUAA